AUGACGUCAUCUACAGUGUUUAACAGUGUGUUUCCGGGUUUUGCCCUCACUGUUAAGCUGUGCAAUUUCGAUACUGCCCUCUACCAAUGUCUUGCCGCGUGUACUUUCUCUUAUCUUCUGGCGUCUUCUUCAGCCGUCUCAAACAUUCUCUUCGAGACUAUCUUCACUCACCGCCAAGCAGGUUUAGGUUCAAGUUGCUGCAACUCAGUUCCUGUGUUUAAGCUCCUCCUAAUCAGGCAAUUGAUCUUGAAGACAAACAUUAACGGGGAGUACAUGAUUAUGCCUAGGCCUAAUCUGAAUGGACAUGUCCAAAAGACGAUUCAAGGUGAACCUUUCCUAUACACAACCACUUCCCAAAGCAGUCAGUGUAUAAUUCUUGAUGACUUGGUUGUUGGCCUAGAUAGAACAAAAAGAGGAGCACAUUUUGGUCAUGCAGGAGUGUCGUUUCAGGGUUGCUCAUUUACUGAUAAAGGAAGAACAAGAAGUGCACCUACAUUGGGUAUUGCAGGGCAGCAGCCACCUACAUCUAUUUCUUGCAGUCCAUCCGAGGAAGUCAAGCUCCAGAAGCGGCUCGCCGCCAGCGUCCUCAAGUGUGGUCUAGGUAAGGUCUGGCUUGACCCCAAUGAAGUCAGCGACAUCUCCAUGGCCAGCUCUCGCCAAAACAUAAGGAAGUUGGUCAAGGAUGGGUUCAUCAUGAGAAAUCCCACCAAGAUUCACUCUUGCUCCCGUGCAUGUCGUAUGAAGGAGGCCAAAAGGAAGGGGCGUCACUCUGGAUACUCGCGUAAGGGUACCAGGGAGGCAAUGCUUCCAACCAAAAUCCUUUGGAUGCGUGUCCUCAGGAGGUUGCUUUGCAAGUACCGAGAGGGAAAGAAGAUAGACAAGCACAUGUACCAUGACAUGUACAUGAAGGUCAAGGGUAAUGUUUUCAAAAAAAGAGUGCUCAUGGAGAGCAUCCACAAGUCUAAGGCCAAGAAGGCAAGAGAAUCUGACCAAUUUGAAGCUAAGAGAGCAAAGAACAAGGCUAGCAGGAGAGAGGAACGUUUGGCUCAGGGACCUGGAGAGAGAGCACCAGUUGCUACCCCUGCUGAACCUGGACAUACAACUAAGCAACCAGGAACCAAAUCUUCCUAUGAAGAUAACUGAUAGAUGGAUUGAUGUUGAUGGU